AUGGCGGAACGCCAUACCCGGACGGGCCCAGCGGUUAUCAUCAAGAGACACUUGAGGAGUGGAAAAGGAUUAGGCCCAGGGGGAAUGUGGAUCACAACAUCUGCGGAGGAGGGAGAGCCUCUCCCACAAGCCCCGGCAUACAUAUUUUUCGAACGAUCUUACGGAAGCAAAGAGUACAUAGCAUCGAUCCCGCGUAUGCAUGACAGCGGGGGGAGUCAAGCAGCACAUAGCCAGAGGGCCGCCCAAAGCUCCUGCGCACGGAUCAUGCGUGCCUUGUUCUCAGGUUUGGAGGAGAGUAGUUGUGAAGCAGCUCGAGCAAUGAUCCAUGACUGUGUAUUCCAUAGUUCGCUGUGGGAUAACUACUCCGUAGUUGAAAAGAUUUUCUCGAGGGAAAAGCUUUUUUGGAGCCAUCCUUUCAUUUUGCCGGAAAGUUUGAACUCAAACUGCAAGAAAAAAAGGUGCCGAGAAGCGAAGGCAAGAGAGGUUCGGCGUUACACGGAUGGGGGCUCUUCGAGUGAUGGCAGUCUGACUCUGGGCUGCAAAGCCCCAGACGAUGUUGAACUGCCACGCGAUGCCAACUUGUACUACAUAUUAACUAAACUACUUCGGAUACAAGUUAUCCACAUCCACGAUGGUGUCGAAGUCUGCCUGCGAUCGGGCGAAGUCCCGGCAGUGUGGGAUCCGGCGCCCCGGAGUCAGUUUGGCCUUCACGAUGCCUCCUCCGUCGGGGAUCGGGGAGUCGCUGCUCUUCUCCACCUCGCUGUCUUUUUCAUUCCUCUGCCCACUCUGGGCCCCUGCGCUUGA